AUGAUUAAUAAAAAUGAUUUAUUUCAUUAUGAAAAUAUUUUUAAAAACAAAAAUAUAAAUAUUAUUGAUAAAAUAAAAGAGAAAAAAAAAAUUUUUGAAGAAUCUAACAUUUCAAAUUUAGAUAUAAUACAUGAAGAUAAAGCGUCCUUGGAACUUUCAAGUUAUUCAAAUUUAAAAAAUAAGGUAAAUUCCCCUAUAAUUAAAAAUGGAUAUAAUAAAGAUAAUGAAAUAGAACCAAAAAAAGAUAUAUAUGAAAAUUACACAAAAUCAAAUGUGAAACUAAUAAACAGUAACAAUAUUAACAAUCAUUUUAUUAACGAAAAUAAAAAAAAUAGUAAAGAACUAACACAAGAAAAUUCAAAUGAAUAUAAAUGCACGAACUCAUUUAAAAACUCGACAAAUAUCUGUAAUGAAAAUUUAUCUAUUAAAAAAAAUAAAAGGAAAGAAAAAUCAGACAAUUUUAAAUCAAAAAAAAAAAAUGAUUUAUCAUCCCUUUUUGAUGAUUCUUCAAAUAAAUUCUUAAAUAAAAAAGAGAAUAUUACUUGUAAUGCAAAUACAAAUCUUCUAUUUUUUAAUAUUGAUGAUAAGGAGUUAAAAAAAGAAAGUCAUGAUAUUCAAAAUGAAAAAAAUAGCGAAGUAUGUAAUAUAAAUAAUAACAUAUAUGAUAUAACUUAUGCUAAAAGUAUUAGUAAAAAUAAUAAUAAUAAUAAUAAUGAAAAUAGCUUUAUAAUAUGUAAUGAAAAUGAAAGAGAAAAACGAACAGCUAAUAAUAUUAAAAGGGAAUAUUCCGAAAAUGAGUCUAUACAAAAAAAUAAUUUGAAUAUGCAAUUCAUGAAUAAUAAUAAUAACAUUAGUAUUUAUUCAUAUAACUCAGAUUAUAUAAAUAUAAAUAAAGAAGAUGCCAUCAGUGAACAUCUGAAUAGUAGCAAAUUAGAAUAUUUAAAUAAUGAAUUUAAUAACGUAAAUAAUGAAUUCAAUAACUCAAAUAAUGAAUUUAAUAACGUAAAUAAUGAAUUUAAUAACUCAAAUAAUGAAUUUAAUAACGUAAAUAAUGAAUUCAAUAACUCAAAUAAUGAACUUGAUAACGUAAAUAAUGAAUUCAAUAACUCAAAUAAUGAAUUUAAUAACAUAAAUAAUGAAUUCAAUAACUCAAAUAAUGAAUUUGAUAACGUAAAUAAUGAAUUCAAUAACUCAAAUAAUGAAACUAAUUACAUAAAUAAUGGAUUUAAUUAUACAAUUAAUGAAUUUAAUUGUGCAAAUAAUAGAUUACGUUACACUAAUGAAAUUAAUAUCACUAAUACUGAGUUAACCUUUAAAAAUGAAAAAGAAAAUUUUAAUAUUUCAAAUAAUAAGGAAAUAAUACAAUUAAAUAAUGAAUUCAAUUUAUAUAAUGAUAUUAAUAAAAAAAAUUUUAUAAAAAAUCCCAUUAUUUUAUUUGAUGACGAUGCAAAACUAGAUAUAAAAGAUAAUAGUAUAGAAAAAAUAUUUAAAGAACAAAAAGACAAUGAUAAUAGAGAAAAUGAAAAACUUGACGAUAAUAAUAUAAUUAAAGGGGAUGAUAUAUACAAUAAUUUAAGAGACAAAGAUAUAGUUAAGGAAAAUAAAAUGAUUUUAUCAAAUAGUACAAAUAAAAAUUCAGAAAAUAAUUCUAUUUGUUUUUGUUUUGGAAAUAAUGGAUUAUUCUUUUACAGUAAAAAAUCAGUUAUUAAGUCUCAAUAUUUAAUUAAUAUAGUUGAAAAAAAAAUGAAAGAAAAAAAAGUGAAUAAAGCAAGCAACAUAGAUGAAUAUAUAUAUUGUUUAAAAAAUUUCCCUGGGCCAUUUAGUAGAAAAAAUAAUAAAAUAGAUGAAAAAAUAAAGCAUUUUUUGAAUGGCUAUAUUGAUUUUAAUAGGUUAAAAUAUGAACAAAAUAUAUUUGAAUAUACACAGAAAAAUUGCUUAUAUAAUCAUUUAUUAAAUAUAAUUAAUAAACCUUACUUAUUAAAUUUUAAUUUACAAAAUGUUAAAUGUGAAAAAAAUGAUUUUAAGAAUAGCAGCAAAAAAAAACAUAUUAUUUCUUAUUUUAUAGAUAAUUAUCAUGAUAAAAAUAAUAAAAAUGAAGAUACAAGUUCUUCAGAUUAUUCUGAUAAUACUUUAAACAAAAAGGAAAUUGAGCAUUUUCAAAUAAAUGAUUAUGAAGAAACAAAAUAUAAUGUAAAAAAAGGAGACAAAAUUAUAAAAAAAAAAGAAAAUGAAGAUGAAGAUGGAAUUGACAACUACACUGAAAUAUACUAUAAAAGUAUAAAUAAUAUUUAUAUAAAUAAUUAUAAAUAUGAAUUUUUCGAUUUCGUAAACAAAGAAUUUAUUGAAGAAUUACAUAAAUUAGAAAACAAUGAAAAAAUUACAAUUGAAGAUAUUUAUCUAGAAUAUUUUCAUUUAUGCAUAUAUAACAGUAAAAAAGCCACUCAACUAUGCCUAAAGAAAGAAUUAUACAAAUAUUUUUUUUUAAUUUUAAAAAAAUAUAAUAAAAAAAAAUAUUAUAAAAUGUUAGAUAGAUAUAUAAGUCAUAUUAAUACAUUUUCUAUUAAUGAAAUAGAGAUGACAAAUGACAUGAAAAAUAUAUACAAAAUUUAUAAUUAUAACAUAUAUGAUGAUGUUUUUACUGAAUCUUUUGUGUUCUUUAUGUGUUUAUUGAAUAAUAAAAAUAUGCAUUUUAAAAAAAAUAUAUUAAUUAAUUAUUGGUACUCUUUUUUUACUCUAAUAUUUCAUAACUUUAUUUUUCAAUUUAAGGAAAACGAAAUAAACUACAUGGAUUAUAAAGAAGAUAUCAUCAAUUUUUUUAUAUAUUUAAUAAAUUUGUUAUACGAAAAUAACAAAACGAAAGAAUCACAAUUUCUGAUUUUACUUUUAUCCAAUAAUCCUUUUUCUUUUGAUUUAGAAAAUGAAAAAUUCAACAAAAAGGUAAAAUUUAGUAAUACACUCAUUGGAUCUAAUUCAAACUACUCAUAUUUUGAUAUAUUUUCAUUUCAAGUAAGUGAUAUAUAUGAAUAUUUGUGUAGGUAUGUAAAAGAUAAUUUUUUUUAUGAACACUUAAUUUUUUAUAAAAUAUUAUACUCUUACACCUUAUUAGAAUGGGGAUUACUUGAUCAAGCAAAACAAUAUGUGGAUAUUUUAUUUUAUUACAUGGAUGUGAUAAAAAGCCAAAAAAAAAAUAACUAUUUAGUUUAUUUAUACGAUACUUUAUUGGAUAAAACAAAAUAUAUAUUUUCACAAAAAAAAAAUUUAUUAACAUGUCAGGACAAAUUUAUUGAUGAUAGUAUUUAUAAUUUCAAAGUAAUAUCUAAUGCAUCGUUAAAGGGAAAUAAAGAUAUUUGUACUAAUGAACAUAUAAAAAUGUAUCAAAUGGAAAGUAGCAAAAAUGACAUUUCUAAUUUUGAAGAAAAAAAUAUAACUGAUUGUAAAUAUAAUUCAACUAAAAACGAUUUUGAAAAUAAUUAUCUAUUCUCCAACAAAAAUGAAAACAACAUAUCUGUUCAUAAUAAUGAUUUCAUUUAUGAAAAUAAAAGUAAUAUACCUAUAACUGAAAACAAUUUAUAUAUAUCUACUGCUAAUGAAUUUAAUUCAAGGCUUAAUCAUAUGACAAAUGAGAAUAAUUUUAUGUUUUUAAAUAAUAAUAUUUUUAUUGAAAAUAAUAAAAAUAAUCAACAUGUAAACAACAGUGAGCUCAAUUCAGAAGAUAUUAAUCAUUAUGAUAAAACAACUGAAAAAUAUUCACAAGAAAAUUGUAUGAAUGAGAAUUAUUUUCAUUCUCAAAACUUUAAUUCACAAAAUGUAAUUUAUAAUAAUCAAAAAAAUUACUACACCUACAGUGAUAAUAAAGAUAUAAACAAUGGAUACGUUAAAAAUAAUAAAAACUUUCCUUCACAAUCUGAAAAUAAUUUAAAUUUAAAUGAACAAGCAUUAAACAAAAUUGAUAGCGUCCCUAAAGAAAAUUUUAUAAACGAAGAAAGGCAAAAAUACCAGUGGAAUAGCAAUGAAUUAAAUAAAGAAGAAAAUAUUAAUAACUUAAUUGAUAAUAAUAGCACUAUUCUAACUAAUCAAACUUUAAAUAACAAUUUAUAUAAUAACUGUUAUAAUAAGGUGGAGAAUAAUAAUACAUCUACUAUAAAUAAUGAAGAUUCCAACGAAAAAAAUGUAAAAGGAAAUUAUUUAAAUAAUGAAAAUAAUGAUAUAAAUGAAAACAUAUCUAAUCCUAAUAAUGUUCCGCAAAAAACAAAUCAAGAGGGAUCUAAUGAAAAUAAUAUUGAUAUAAUUAAUUUAGGAAAAAAUUUAAUAUCAGGUUUUAUUUCUAAUAUAAAAGAAAAAAUAAAAAAAACAGAAGUGCAAGAAGAUAAUUUAUUUUAUUAUGAUUAUGAAAAAAAAAGAUGGAGAGAGAAGGGAGUAACUUCUGAUGAAGAAAAAGAAAGAGAACAAGAAAAAUUAAAAAGAGAAAUGGAAAUAAAAAAUAUUUCCCCACCUCCUUUAGCAGCUAAUUUUUCAAACAGAAAUAAAAAUCCAUUAAAUAUAACGGAUGUUCGUAGUAGAUAUGUAGACUAUUUUAAUUAA